UUGACAGUAGCGAGCUGGUACCCCGACCGACUGCCAAAGCUGUACUUGUAUUUGAGUGUGCGGAGAAAUAGCAAUCGUACAGUCAUUGAGCACCCUGAAAUCGCCAAGGACGGAUAUUUUAUUCGAAGUUUUUAUGAUGUAGCAGAAUGGAAAUACCAGUGCAAAGCUCUUUAAACUGGUGCUGCAUAAAGACGUGGCUGCAAAUUGCACUAAGAAAGUGACAUUGAAAGGAACAAUAUGUUUGCCAAAUUGAAGAAGAAGAUUGCAGAGGAGGCGGCCACAGCACCAAAGAGUGGUGUUCGUAUACCCCGCACCAUCAGCAAGGAAUCCAUCACCUCAGUGGGGGCAGACUCAGGGGAUGACUUUGCAUCUGAUGGCAGCAGCUCCAGGGAUGACCUGCCCGCCCAGCUCCUCAGAAGAAACGAUCAGAUCAGGAAGCUGGAGGCCAAGCUAUCAGACUACGCUGAGCAGCUACGAAUUAUGCAGAAGACCAAGGACAAGCUUGAAAUUGCAUUAGAAAGGCAUCAGGAUUCAUCCAUAAAGAAACUUCAAGACCAGAAUGAAUCUCAUCAGGUCAGCAGAGCCAAAAUGGCAGAGGGGAUGACUUUGGCUUUGGAAAAGAAGGAUCAGGAAUGGAUGGAGAAGAUGGCCAGUGUAGAAAAGGAGAAGGCUGCCAUGUCAGCCCGGCUAGAGGAGAUGAUGGAACAAAGCUUAGCACUCUUCCAGAAAAGAGAUGACCUGGAUGAACUGGAGGGCUUUCAGCAGCAGGAGCUCGCUAAAGUUAAGCACAUGUUGCUGAGGAAGGAGGAGUUGCUGAGCCAACAGGAGCGAGAGAUUCAGCAAAGAGAGGCUGAAGUUCAAUCAGCAAAACGAGGACUGUCAGAAGCUCGGAGGAAACUCCAGGCUCUGGAACAGCAGCAUGAGGAGAGCUGCAGACUCAACUCUGAGCUUGAAAUAGAGCGAGAAGAACUGCUGCUGCUUAGAGAGGAGGCAGACAAGAAGAUCAGUGAGCUGGAGGGACGAUGCCAGGAGCUGCAGUCAGUUAUCCAGCAGGUCUCUGAAGACUUCCAGAAGUCGCAGAUUAUGGCGUCAACUUUAGACAAGUCCCUUCAUGAAUUACAGACUGAACAUGAUGCCCUGAAGUUGCAACAGCAAAAGGCUGCUGUGAUGGAAGAAGACAAGGAGCGACUGUUGGUGGACCUUCAGAAGAAAGUAACCUCCUUGGAGAGACGGCUGCAAGGGAACCUGAGCCAGGAUGAGCAUCUGCAGGAGUUUCUCCAGGAGAAGUCUAGCCUGGAGCAAAGUCUGGAAGAGACCAGAGCAGAGCUGCUGGCUGUGCGGACAAACCAUGCGGAUACUGUCAGCUCUUUGGAGACACAGGUAUCCAAAAUGAGCUGUAGUAUUACAGAGCUGCAGACUCUUCUCCGACACAAAGAUGAGUCCUCCAGGGCCUACAAGGAGAGAACAGACACACAAAUAGCCAACCUGGAGCAGCAAGUUUUAGAGAGCAGUGAGAGACUGAAGAGCACAGAGCAGCAAAUCACAGAGAAACAGCAGCACAUUGAUAAACUGCAAAGAGAGUGGAGUGAAGAGAAAGCCUUUCUGGACCAGCAGGUGUGCUUGUUAGAGCAGCACAAUCAGAAGAAUGUCAGCCAGCUGGAAGAAAGCAUCACUUCUUUACAGACAGACAAACAGAAACUGCUUGACACAGUGGCUGACCUGAACAAGCAGAUGGACAAGGUAAACUCCACUCUGAAGGAGCAGACAGAAGAACUGGAGCAAUGCAAGGCAGAGCUAAACAGUCGGCAGACAGUGAGUACAGAGAUUGCCAAAGCCCUGGAAGAAACCAGACGACAGAAGGAAGAGCUGCAAACACAGGUUGGAGAGCUGACAACAUCUCUACAGAACUCACAGCAGGAACUGACCACUGCCGCUAAGAAGCUUGUCCUGAGAGACGAAGACGUCGAAACACUCCAGAUUGAGGUGCAGAGUCGGCAGACCUCACUGGACCAGCUGCAGGAGGAGACUGAGCGGCUGCGAGCCCAGCUGGAGCAGAUGGAGCGGGACAAAGACUCCCAGCUGAUCAGCCUGAGGGAGGAGCUGCUCAGCCAGACACAGCAGCUAGACAGCUGCCAGGCGCGGAUCUCAUACCUGGAGGUGGAGGUGGAAACACUGACAGAACAGCUUCACAGUCCUGAAGUGUGUGAAGAGGAUCAGAAUGGCAGUGUGACCAUGGAUGAUCUGGAUCACAUCCAGAAAGUUAACAGAGAGCUGGAGCAGCAGCUCAGUGACAAGAACAGGACCAUUAAGCAGCUGCAGCAGAGACUGGCGGAACUGAAAAGAACUCUGCAGAAAGAACUGAAAAUAAAGCCUGAGCCAGAAGUUGAAGGAAAGGAGAAGUUGCCAGAAAGCCGAGCUGAAAAACAGGAGAGGGUUUGUUCAGACCCCCCGCUGGCAUCCACCCCAAGCCCCCCGACCUCCAACACCACAGUGACCAACACCUCAGACCUCAACGACUCACGAGAAAUCAACUUUGAGUAUCUCAAGCACGUCGUCCUCAAGUUCAUGUCAUCCAGAGAAGCUGAGGCAUAUCAGCUAAUACGAGCUGUGUCUGUGCUGCUAAAUUUCACUCGUGAGGAAGAGGAUAUGCUGAAGCAAACUCUGGAGUACAAGAUGUCCUGGUUUGGAUCCAAACCUUCUCCAAAGGGUAUCAUCCGGCCUUCAAUCUCAGGCGCUUCGACUCACUGGAGCUGAUGAGCACCAGUAAGAGCUGAAGUGAUGGAGAGAAAGGACAGAAAGGGCCACCUCCAGGAAAAAAAAAAAAACGGUCCUUCCAGUGUGGCUCCCAUCACUGAGCAGGACUCUAGCUUUAAUCUUGAACAGCCUCCCACAGUUGUUCUCUGGCGCUUUGUGAAAAUAACAGUUUUUUGCUCCAUGGGGACGGUGAAGGGGCCUGCACAUGUUUGGGGGAUAAAGGCUUAUUCAUAAUCAGCUGUUGAUUUUAAAAUGACAUUAUUUUCUUGUCAGUUGCUGAGGCAGACCAGCUUUUGUCCACUGUCUCAUUUUUCUUUCAACAUAUGACACAAAUCUGAUGUUUUCUAGUCAGUGUUAACAGCAAAAAAAAGUGAGUUCGCAUGUAAGAAAAUGAGACACAACAUCAGACAGAAAUAACAGAAUGACUUGACUGUUAUUUUAGGGACUGCCUCACUUCUGCCCUCUUUUUGUUGGGAUAAGCAUCAAAACAUGAUGCAGCUGUCUUCACUGGACAGAUGGUGCAGCCUUCGAUUGCUGAAGGACCUAUUAGCAUGUUACUUGGGUAAUCUUUCAUUUUAAUGACAGAGGGCUUCUUUAGUGAAAAUGUGUCAUUUUAAGGAUCUGUGCAGGAUACUGAAGCUAUCUUUUCUUCUGUAUCAAUGAGAGUUUAUUUAAUACUGUCAAAUUGACAUAAAUAGUUCACACUGGUGACAAAGGACCUUACUUGUUUAUUUGUUAACCCAUAUCAAUUUCACUUAAGUAUCAACGUUCUCUGAACAGUCAAGGGAAUCCAAGCGGCAUAAAUGUCCAAUCGCACCCCCAUAUCCCAGAGUUUUCUGGAGAAAUUAACACGUUGCAUCAAUACCAUCAUGAACACUGAAAUGUAACUGAUGCCCUUUUGCCACUUCAUUGAUAUCAGCAUUUGACAAAUUUGACAGGGAUAUUGCAUAUCAGAAUAAAUCAGUCAAUUUUUGUUAAGGAUCUGUUAAAUUUGAUUACAAAGAAUUUUGGUCUCUUUGGUGGACAAACUAUGUAACAGGAACACGUCGGCAUUUCUGUACUACAUUUUUUUGUUUCUACUUAAUAUAUAUAUAUGCCAGCAUACGUGUGGUAAACUGAAAUCUCAAAGGCCCUAGACAAAGAAGCAUUUAGAACUAAAGAUUUAAUACUAAUGUGUAUCAAAAGCUAACAGCUAGGCCAUUGGCCUACUUUUACAAUGAGUUGACCCUCCAAGUGCACCUUGUUCUCAGAACCUUCUUCUGUCACUUGGUUUGGUAGACAGUUAUCUAACAGUAACCCUAAAUGAAACCACCUGUCAGCUAAAAUGAUUGACUAGUAGAGGUUGUUGUUGAAUUGUAAAUUAAUCAGAAGUAGUGCCUGUGGGGCCCAGUUCAGGGUAAAAAAAAAAACACACAGGGGGUGUACAUGCAGACUGUUGUAGGUCCUUUAACACUAGUGUGAAUGAAAUGGGCUGUAUUUUUACAGUUGGACAAUGUUAACAGUGUGAUAAUAAAAGUAAAUGCUAUGUACAUGAUUGGAGGACAUGCUCUACCUUUACCUGCCUUUGCUAAUUUAAAUGAAAGUACAUUCCACAUGUCUAUUUAUAUAUAUAGAAAUUUGUACAUACUGUAUGCAUUGAGAACUUUAUAAAUCAGUGGAUGUAAAUGGUUUGAUGUGACCAGUUUGCAAUAUUUAUCAUCAUCAUAGACCUGAACCCAUACAUGUUUCUGCCUCAGCUUGUCACUCAGUCCCUCUACCCAUCCCUAUCCCCACUCCUGAGUGUGAUGUCUGUCACAACACUUGUUUUUUUUGCCAUUUAAAGUUGUAUCUGUUUUAUUCAUUCUUUGUAUAUUGGGUUGCACGAGUACAUCUGUGAAUGCAGAAUUGUCAUAAUCUUGUGUUACUAAGGACAGGUAGCAGACUGAUGUGGUCACACAGACUCCAGUGGGUAAUAUACUGUCUCCAUGAGAAUCAAAGAAACAGUGAAUGCACUUUUUAAACCUGAUUGAUUCUGUGUGUUAAACCCUAAAACAAAACUGUACAAUCACUACAGCUGUUCUUCUUUUGCUUUUUAUGAUUUGAAGAUUGCUGCCACUUUAGUGGUUUCCUUUCCCACCUUUAUUAAAAAUAAACCCAAAAUUAUAAAAUCACA